AAACGAGGUCAAAUCAUGACGUCAGUGAUCUUGAGGGAUUCUUCAAGACCAACUCAAAUGGUGUCCCUGAUCUGCACCCUGCAAGACCAUCGCGACGAUGUCAACUGGUGCGCCUUCUCCCCGACACUGCUGGCCACCUGUUCAGCUGACAAAACCGUACGAAUUUACAACACCCAAGACUUUUCCGAAGUCCCGUACUCCCCGCUCUCUGGCCACGGCUAUGGCGUCCAUUGUUGUUGCUUCAGCGCCUGUGGUCAGUAUUUAGCCUCGUGUUCAACUGAUGGUUCAACAGUUGUGUGGUCAACGGACACCGGUGAGAUAGAGGCAGUGCUCGAGCAUCCGGGUCGGAACCCCGUCAGGGUCUGCGCCUUCUCGCCCGACUCUUCACACCUGGUUUCGGGGGCAUCCGAUGGUACUUUAGGUCUUUGGGAUUUCCGUACGAAAACAUUGCACAGGACAGGGGCAGUGAAUGACACCACGAUGGUGGCCUGCUCCUUCACCCCCUGUGGCCAGAUGUUUGUCACUGGAUCUACGUAUGGGGACCUCAGGCUGUGGGACCUGGACAUGAACCAGCUCCAUGCGGAGAAGAACACUCACGACUUGGGGGUCACCUGCUGCUGCUUUGGCCCCAAGAUCCUCAGUGGUAGCGGUAGGGUACAGUUCCGCCUGGCCUCCUGUGGACAAGACAGCACGCUGAAGAUAUGGACCGUCUCCAGGUCCAACACAGGCAGCUGUAAGAUGCAGCUGCUGCACACCCUGACCGGCCAGUCUGCCCCGGUGCUCUCCUGUGCUUUCUCUGCGGACGGACAGCUGCUUGUGUCUGGCUCAGUGGACAAAACGGUCACAGUGUACGAUGCUAGCCAGGGGACUUUGCUCUACACAUUGAACCAACACGAGAGGUACGUGACGGCGUGUGCCUUCUCUCCCAGCACACCUCUGUUUGCCACGGGUUCUAUGGACAAGACUGUCAAUAUAUGGAGAGUAGAGGAUGGACACAGUGGCCAUGAAGAAGGCAAAUCUUUACCUGUUGAAACUGCAACAUUCUCAUGCGAAGGCAGAAAGUUGCUGUGUCACUCCAGGCUUCUGGUCAGUGAUUGGUCAGAGGAGGACGUGGGGGCGUGGCUGUGUGAGGAGGGGCUGCAGGCGCUGGUGGAAAACUUCAAGGCAAACAACAUAGAUGGAGCGGAGCUCAUCAGUCUGACCAAGGAGACACUGGCCUCAGAACUCAACAUAGAGUCUGUGGGGUUGCGCAGUAAGGUCCUGAGGAAGGUGGAGGAGCUGAAGGCGGGGUGUGUGUGUACCGGUGUUCCUGAUGAGUACCUCUGUCCAAUCACCAGAGAGUUGAUGAAGGACCCUGUUAUCGCUGCAGAUGGGUACUCCUAUGAGAGGGAAGCGAUUGAGAGCUGGAUCGCAACCAAGAAUCGUUCCAGCCCCAUGACCAACCUGCCCUUACAGACAACACUUCUGACCCCAAACCGAACCCUGAAGAUGGCUAUUGGACGCUGGAGGACCAGCCAGUGAGAAAGCGGGCUGCAUCUUCUACAUCCAUUUCAAUCUGAAGGCGGGUCUAUCCCUCAGUUAACUUCUGACCAAAAGUAGGCUCAUAGUACAUAAAGCUAUAUAUGAUGAUGUUUUCAGGUUGACCAUACUGAGCUUCGAUUCAACCCCUCACUGUGUCUGUUGGGAUGAAACUGCUUUAGAAUGUAAAUAUUUAUAGCUGAUGAGACAUUCUAAUAUAUAUAUUCUCAAACUCAUGCAUGUUGACCAUGUUUAACUCUGCUAUUUACUCUACUCUGCUGCUUUAGCUCCAGAACCAUUUCGAUGUACAUUGCAGUCGGAAAGUAUUCAGACACCUUGACUUUUUCCACAUUUUGUUAUGUUACAGCUUUAUUCUAAAAUUGAUUAAAUUGUUUUUUCCCCCUCGUUAAUAUACACAUAAUACCCCAUAAUGACAAAGCAAAUUACAGCCUCGGGUCUUUUUGGGAGUGACGCUACAAGCUUUGCACCUCUGUAUUUGGGGAGUUUCUUCCUUCUCUGCAGAUCCUCUCAAGCUCUGUCAGGUUGUAUUGGGGAAUGUCGCUGCACGGCUAUUUUCAGGUCUCUCCAGAGAUGUUCGAUUGGGUUCAAGUUGGGUCUCUGGCUGGGCCACUCAAGGACAUUCAGAGACUUAUCCCGAAGCCAUUCCUGCGUUGUCUUAGUGGUGUGCCUAGGUUCAUUGUCCUGUUGGAAGGUGAACCUUUGCCCCAGUCUGAAGUCCUGAGCACUCUGGAGCAGGUUUUCAUCAAGGGUCUCUGUACUUUUCUCCGUUCAUCUUUCCCUCAAUCCUGACUAGUCUCCCAGUCCCUGCUGCUGAAAAACAUCCCCACGGGAUGAUGCUGCCACCACCAUGCGUCACAGUAGGGAUUGUGCCAGGUUUCCUCCAGAUGUGACGCUUGGCAUUCAGGCCAAAGAGUUCAGUCUUGGUUUCAUCAGAUCAGAGAAUCUUGUUUCUCAUGGUCUGACAGUUUAGAUGCCUUUUGGCAAACUCCAAUUGGGCUGUCAUGUGACUUUUACUGAGGGGUGGCUUCCUGGCCACUCUACCAUAACGUCCUGAUUGGUGGAGUGCUGCAGAGAUGGUUGUCCUUCUGGAAGGUUCUCCGAUCUCCACAGAGGAACUUUGGUGCUCUAUCAGUGACCAUCGGGUUCUUGGUCACCUCCCUGACCAAGGCCCUUCUCCCCCGAUGGCUCAGUUUGGUUGAGAGGUCAGCUCUAGGAAGAGUCUUGGUGGUUCCAAACUUCUUCCACCAUGAUCUUGGGGACCUUCAAUGCCGAAGAAAUGUUUUGGUACCCUUCUCUAGAUCUGUGCCUCCUUCAACCUCAUGGCUUGGUUUCUGCUCUGACAUGCCCUGUCAACUGUGGGACCUUAUAUAGACAGGUGUUUGCCUUUUCAAAUCAUGUCCAAUCAAUUGAGUUUACCACAGGUGGACUCUAAUCAAGUUGUAGAAACAUCUCAAGGAUGAUCAAUGGCAACAGGAUGCACCUGAUCUCAAUUUUGAGUUUAAUAGCAAAGGUUAUGAAUACUUAUGUAAAUAAGGUAUUUCAGUUUGUUAUUGGUAAUACAUUUGCAAACAUUUCUAAAAACAUUUUUUUGCUUUGUCAUUAUGGUUAUUGUGUGUAGAUAGAUGAGGAUAAAAAAUAUAUACUUAUCCAUUUUAGAAUGAGGCUGUAAUGAGGAAAAUGCAUUUAAGGGAUACUGGUGUCAACAACUGAAGUGUUCAAUCUAUGGCUGAAGUUAUAUAACAGGGAUAGCAGAUGUCGGUACACAUUCAAUUUUACACGUGGGUGUUUGAAAUGAGUGGAAGGGAGAUGUCAUUUUAGUUUUCCAAAGAGAUUUUAUUUCCCCAUGAUUAUGGUAGAAGUGCUUGAGCAUAGUCUGUAUCAUGUGUCGCAUAGCUCACAAAUCAAAGAUGGCAACAAUGUUCAUGUAAAAUACCUGUAUCAUCUCACCAAUAAUACCCUUACAAGCUAUUCUGUACCUUACUGUAAACGGUUAAUGUUGUGCGCACAUAAACUAAAUAAAUCCAUCAACUUUUCAAUUA